GCCUUUGUUUAACUGGGAACCAGAGGGGGAGCAAGAGCAAGUAGGAGGAGGAGGAGAGAGAAGUUUUUACUUUGGAGGGAGUAAAAGAGGGACAGAGUGAGCUCCAUCUCUCUCUCUGUCACCACCAAAUCAAUGAAAAGGGAAAUAAUUUUAGCUUGGAUUAAAGCUCACCAUCAGUGAAGAUGACUUCACGCAUUCCUCCCUGGUUCUUUGGAAUAGCUCUCCUCCUUCUCUGUCUGUGCUGCCAUCACUCCAAUGCCUAUCAGCUGCUGGACGACCGCGGUUCUCAAAGCGCCUUGGACCUGACAGAACUGAUCGGCGUUCCCCUCCCCCCAUCGGUCUCCUUUGUUGGGGGGUUCGAAGGCUACCCGGCCUACAGCUUUGGCCCAGAUGCAAACGUUGGCCGCCUCACAAAGUCGUUCAUCCCAGACCCAUUCCAUUAUGACUUUGCCAUCGUGGUGACAGCGAAACCGACUACACGGCGUGGUGGUGUGCUUUUUGCAAUCACAGAUGCAUAUCAAAAGAUCGUGCAGUUGGGUGUAGCCCUGUCAGAGGUAGAAGAUGGUGCCCAGAACGUCAUAUUGUACUACACAGACUUGGAAACGAGAGGUGGAACCAGAGAGGCUGCUUCUUUUAAAAUGGGAGACCUGACAGGACGAUGGGCAAGGUUCACUCUGACUGUGCAAGGUGCAGAGAUUCGUCUCUACAUGGACUGUGAGGAAUACCACAAAGUGGCUUUCUCCAGGAGCGCCCAACCUCUGACGUUCGAGGCCAGCUCAGGGAUCUUCGUGGGGAAUGCCGGUGGAACGGGCCUUACUCGGUUUGUGGGUUCCAUUCAGCAACUGGUGUUGAAAUCAGAUCCCAAAGCUCCAGAUGACCAAUGUGAGGAGGAUGAUCCUUAUGCAUCUGGUUUUGGAAGUGGAGAUGAAGAUUAUAAAGACUCAAAGGACACAGAUGAAGUUAGGAAGAUUAUAGAAGAGAGAGAAUACCCCACGCCUUUGCCAGAACUGGAUUCCAUAUACGGCUCCCCAGUUCGAGCCCCGCCCUCAGAAAUAUCACUAAUUGAUGAUGAAGAUGGAGAUGUUGAGGAGUCCUCUGGGGAGGAGGUGGAGUCCACCACAGUAAGAGCAGGAAUGAUUCGGACUGAUGCUUCUAAGAUUCAGCCCGACACUUCCCUUCAGGUUUCUUCAGGACAGAAAGGUGAACCAGGGGAACCGGGUCCAGCUGGUCCCCCAGGACCCCCUGGCCCUCCAGGACAUGCGUCAGGUGAGGGAGGCGACCCUGGACCAAGAGGUCCUCAAGGCCCGCAGGGACCGCCUGGCCCAACCGGACGCCCUGGGAAAGAUGGCGAGCCUGGGAUGAAAGGUGAACGUGGUCUGCCUGGAGCAACAGGUUUCCCUGGAUUACAAGGAGACCCUGGUGAGAAAGGAGAGAAAGGGGAUCCUGGUCUUGGGGUUCCUGGUCCUCCUGGUCCUCCUGGACCUCCUGGUCCAUCAAGAAGAUCUUCCAUGGAGGGGUCUGGAUUUGAUGACUUUGAAAGUGAUUCAGAGGUCAUCAGGGGUCUCCCAGGGCCUCCAGGGCCCCCAGGACCACCUGGCCCCCAAGGAUCCACAACAGCAGAUGUUAUUCCAGGGCCUCCUGGGAUUCCCGGAAAAGAUGGAGUGAAGGGAGAACCAGGACUCCCUGGGCUUGAAGGAAAAGAUGGGGAGCCUGGAUCUCCAGGAGAGAAAGGAGACAAGGGAGAGCCUGGAGCAGGCGGGCCGCCAGGACCAAAGGGAGAUCAAGGCCCACCGGGCUUUCCCGGCUUACCAGGGUCCCCUGGCAAUGAGGGGCAGCCUGGUCCAAGGGGUCCACCAGGACCUCCUGGGCCUCCAGGACCCUUAGGAAGAGGCUUCGCCAUGACGUUUGAGGACCUGGAAGGAUCUGGCCUGCUGGAUGGUUUUGGAGCCUCCAGUGGUCCUCAGGGCCCACCAGGACUCCCUGGACCUCCAGGACCCAAGGGGAAGGAUGGUUUAGAAGGGCCCCAAGGAAAGCCAGGGCAAAAGGGGGAGCCUGGUAUUAGAGGACCACCUGGGCUUCCUGGUCUGGGUGGCAUGAAAGGGGAACAGGGAGAAAAGGGGAACAAAGGAGAUCCAGGACCAAAGGGAGAACAAGGUCGAGAUGGGCUAAGUGUGCCCGGCCCUCCAGGACCACCUGGACCUCCAGGACCAGUUAUGAACCUCCAGGAUCUUCUGCUUAAUGCAACAGAUGGUGCCUUCAAUUUCUCAGGGAUAUUUGAAACUCAGGGUCUGGCUGGACCUAAAGGUCCAAAAGGAGACAUUGGAUUGCAAGGUUUGCAAGGGCCUCAGGGAAUAAAAGGAGAAAAGGGUGAGCCGUAUCUCAUCAGAGCAGAUGGAUCCUUAAUGUCAGAUUUGGCUCAGUUUGGAGCAGUGGGAACCAAAGGAAUCAAGGGAGAUAAUGGUGUUCCUGGAGCCCCUGGAGUUCCUGGGCCUAUUGGACCACCAGGACCUAAAGGAGAAAUUGGUUUCCCUGGACGCCAAGGACGGCCAGGAUUAAUGGGACCUAAAGGAGAGAAAGGGGAUGCCCUUGGCCUGCCAGGACCUCCUGGACCUCCCGGACCCCCGGGCCGACCAGGAACCUUCAACUGCCCCAAAGGAACAGUGUUCCCCAUCCCUCCCAGGCCUCACUGCAAAAUGCCUCUCCAUCCCAAUGGAACAAUUGCAACAGGUAACUGCCUCGGAGGACCAAAAGGAGAGAAGGGAGAGAGGGGUCUUCCAGGUUUACCGGCUCCCCGAAGCUCAUUUUUCCCUACAGGCAGCUGGGAGAUAAAGGGUGACCGUGGCAUCAAGGGGGAGAAAGGAGAAAAGGGGGCGGCAGGGUCCCCGGGACAGCCAGGCCUACCUGGGAGGUCCGGCCUGGUGGGUCCCAAAGGGGAGUCAGUGCUUGGACCUCCUGGGCGCCCAGGGAUGCCUGGCCCACCUGGGGUUCCAGGUUAUGGCAGACCUGGAGCCGUCGGUCCUCCUGGCCCUCCAGGACCUCCAGGACCACCUGGAAUGCCCCACAUAUAUGGUUCAGCAAUGACCAUCCCUGGUCCCCCUGGACCUCCCGGACCACCUGGAACCCCUGGGACUUCAAGUAACUCGGCAUUUCUGAAAACCUUUUCGACUCGGGAGAGUAUGAUGCAGCAGACAUCGAAGGACGAAGAGGGGACUCUGGCAUACGUCAAAGCAACAGGAAGUCUCUUCCUGAAGGUUCCCCAGGGCUGGAAGGAAAUACAGCUCGGCAGCCUGGUCUACCUCCCGAAUAACGUCAUUCCCCAAGAUGAGCCUCGAGUUGCGUAUCAAGUUAGAGGAGAGACAAUGCAAAGAGUCCGUUCAGUCAAAGAAAGGCUAAACUUAGUGGCCUUGAACCAACCGCACACGGGAAACAUGAUGGGGCUCGACAUGGCGGACCGGAUGUGUUAUGAGCAGGCUAAGGCCAUGGGUUUGGCGCCCAACUACCGUGCCUUCAUUUCAUCUCACAGGCAAGACCUGGUCAAUGUGGUCUACCCUGGGUUCAGGGACUCUCUGCCAGUAACCAACCUCAGGGGAGAUGUGAUGUUCAGGAACUGGCGGUCCAUAUUCAAUGGCAACGGGGGGCCAGUGAAUCCCAGGAUACCCAUCUACUCCUUCGAUGGCCGGGAUGUUUUAGCUGACCCCUUCUGGCCCAAGAAAAGCAUCUGGCACGGUUCCACCAGCAGAGGUCUCAGAGUGAUGGACAAACACUGUGAGACGUGGCAGGCAGACAACUUCUCAGUGAUGGGCCAGUCCUCCAGCCUGACCUCAGGUCUGCUCCUCGGCCAGGAGACAAGAAGCUGUUCCACCGAGUACAUCGUUCUUUGCAUCGAGACCUACAAACACUCUUAACUAGUGUCUCUUUGAGACACAACUCCACCUGGACCUAUAAAGACUAUUUAAGGACAUCGUUUUCAGCUUUGGGGCUACAUGUAGCUGUUUGAGCUUUUAAACCAAGAUGUUUUGUAGUUUUCUGACUUCCGAGAUCGGUUAGAUCGAGGACUGGGGUCACGGUGUUCACAACUGAAGGCUCCUUUUCCACAGGUAAAAGUUUAUAUUUGGAAGCAAGGAUCACAGAAUGUCUUUAUUUAUUAUGAAGCAUUUUAAAGAUUUCAAACCUGGUGGCACAUGCAGUAAUGCAAAAUAAAACCCUGAAGGUAAAAGAUUUAACUUUAACAAAGUGAACAAAUAAAUGCAUUUUUAAAUAUGCAUCACCUCAGCUGCAUUGAUAUAAAGUACCACCUACUCGUGAUUUCCUUCACAUUGGAUAUAAAAUAAUAGGUCAGCUGUGCUAAAUUCUACUUUUCUAAGCCAGUAUGUCUCCGAAGGUUCUGCUAGUGUUUAUUUUUGAUUCCUAGUGCCAUCAUUUUUCUAUUAGCUUACAUUUUACUUCAUCCAAAGGGAAAAUGAGACAACUGAUGUUGCCACCAAUGAUAUUUGUGAUGCACUGUAUUUUAUUUUUCAAGGUUUUCUUGUUUAGCUUUCCUGUUUGUUUUGUCAUAGCUUUUAAUUCAUCCUGAUCAUUCAGCCUUUUCUUUAAAAGGCUUAUUUAAUUUAAAUCCAGUGAUUUAUUUAUGCAGUCACAGCACAUAACAUGAAAUUAGACCAAAAAAAAAAAGAAUGUAAUUUAUCAUUGUUUACGGUCUGUCUCUCCUCUUGCUUAGGUCUAUAUUUGUUUAUUGUUCCAGAACAAAAAGGUUUGGGGAUUUUACUUUUGAUGUCAAUUAAAGGUAAAAAACAAAACAAACAAUCUCAUAGUUAGUUGGAAACAACAUUUAAUUCAAUAUGAAUUGAUGUUUGAAAAGAAUCAAAAGGGAAGUGAAAUCCAAAGGGAGAGCACAUGUUUUGUAUAAAUAUUUGUUGUUUUGGAAAUAAAGAUUUUUUUCUUUUCAUAAA